AUGGCCAACCUUUCGGUGCCCAACAACUACACUUUCUCUCCUUCGUCGGCCACUCCCCACUUGACGAUCAACCACGAUAAUGCGGCCGAGCUGGACUCCACCUACGCCUUCGAAGGGCCCGAGAAGCUCCUAGAGGUAUGGUUCGCUCCGAGUGCCUCGGCGCUGCCUCAGGGCGCUCGACCUGCUGGCCUCAAGGCCGUGACUGCCGAGACUUGGGAGACUAUGCUUGACAUGGUCAACUGCAAGAUUCUCUCGGUGCUCAAGACCGAUGCUGUCGAUGCCUACCUCCUCUCCGAGUCGAGCAUGUUCGUCUUCCCCCACAAGCUCAUCCUGAAGACUUGCGGUACCACCACCCUCCUCCUCGGACUGCAGCGCCUGCUCCACAUUGCCGCCGAGUUUGCGGGCUUCCCUUUCAACAACGCCGCGUCCGCAAACGAGAUCAAGGCUGUUGCGAUUCCCUACCGAGUGUUCUAUAGCCGCAAGAACUUUCUCUUCCCCGACAAGCAACAGGGUCCCCACCGCAGCUGGAAGCAGGAAGUCAAGUACCUGGACGACAUGGUGGACGGGGGCAGUGCCUACAUGGUUGGAAAGAUGAACGGCGAUCACUGGUAUCUCUACAUCACAUCGCCAAACCGAAUGUUCACUCCUCCCCUGACCCCCAAUUCGGAGAACAACGAAACGGCCCCGGCCAGUUUCUCGAUGCCCGCCAACCUUGAGUUUGGAGGACCCGGAAGCGACGAGACGCUCGAGAUUCUGAUGACGGACCUCGAUCCGGAGAACGCCAAGCAGUUUUACCUGGCGCACGCGAGUGCGGUCGCGUGCGACAAACUGUCUGCCGAAGGCAGCAAGGCCAGUAACACUGCUGACAACAUGAGCGAGAUCAACGUCUUCGCCGACGGCAUCGAGUCCGACUUGCAUGAGAAGCCUAAUGAGAUGGAGGCCUUGACCACCGAAGGCCACGCCCUCGGUACGGUCGUGUCGGAGCAGUGCGGCCUCGCCGACGUGUAUCCGACUUCAGUCUAUCCCGAUGCCCGCAUCGACUCCUACCUCUUCAGCCCCUGCGGCUUCUCUGCUAACGGCAUCAUUCCUCCGCCCCCGGCCACCCAGGAGGAUGGCCAACAGAGCGGCAACAACGCCGGACACUACUUCAGUGUCCAUGUCACACCCGAGACCGGCUUCUCGUUCGCUUCAUUCGAGACCAACGUUCCGGGCGGCCAGAGCGGACGUACCACCGCCGAAAUCAUUGAGCAUGUCGUUGAUAUCUUCAAGCCGGGCCGCUUCAGCGUCACCCUGUUUGAGGCCAAGGGUCGCGGCGAGAACCCUUACGGCUCGACCAACUCCGCCAAGGGCCUUGCCGCCCAGAGACUCGUCGACACCGUGCGCGGAUACCGCCGCAUCGAUCGCAUCGUCCAUGACUUUGAGGACUAUGACCUUGUCUUCCGAUUCUACGAGCGCGAGGGCUGGGUCGGCGACAAGAAGGCUCGCGUGGGCGAGGAGAUUUGA